GUGGAGGAAGCCUGCUUGUAUUUUCACAAAGAAAUCAAUCUAACUCCCUUACUUUUGAAUCACUUUGUCCCUUUAAUUAUAAUUUAUGAAAGGGAAGUAUUUUAACUGCAUUGAAAACCAGCCAGCAGAGGUUGCCAUUGAUGCUUGUUACCUCUUACCUGCUCAGCAGUAUCCAGAUUUCUUAUACAUGACCUGAAAUGUUUGACUGAUCUGAGUGCUUGCUGUCUGAGCUCAGUACUCUGUGCACACAGGGAUAGGCACUGUGGUUUUAUACCUCAGCUGGGUCUCACCUGAGAGUAAGGUGACUCUAUGGGUACUGUUACAUUUGGAAGCUUUAUUAGUUAACAGUAUACAAAUUUGUAUCGAAGAGGAUGCACUGAGCAGAUAGUUUGUGUGUUCCACUGAAUUGUAGGCUUUACCUUUGCUUAUCUUGCAUGCCCUUUUGUCUUUGAGGCUUUCCGACAUCUAUUUUAAUAUGUUUUGGCCCUUUAUGGCUCUGGUGCCAAGCAUGAACGGACCCAUGGAGGAGAUGGAGAAGUGCUAGUUGCUGCCAUGCCUGUGCACACCGUUGUUUGUUCUGCUUCACCCCCACAAGAGGAGUGGGAAAGAGGAAUAAAAACUGCUUCCUAUUGUUCCCCCCAUGGUAUGAAUGGCUUUGGCUUAAAGCUGUACGCAGGGGCUAAAUUUAGUCAUUAAAUCUGAUAUCGCAGCCAUUUACAGUUGUGAGGUAUUGGAAUGAUUUUAAUUUUUUCUUAAAUCCUUCAAUAGAAGAAUCUGGAAUUAUCACAUGCUGUUAUUACGAACCACUCUUACACUGCUGCACUUUGUGCUGCUUCACAUUUUCACAGACUUGUCACACAGCCUUGAAUAUUUGCUCCAGGCUAUACUCGAGAUACAAGGUGUUAACCCAGGAGCAGCUUACUAAAUUUUGCCUGUUGGUGUGCCUUGGAACAAAAAGAAUUUAAAUCAGUGUGGUUUCUAAUGACUUAGUUUGCUAAAGCUUCCGAUACCAUUCUUAAAACAUCUUUUCCUGAUCUAUAGCCCAAAAUACUGUUUAAUGGUUGAUGUUUUGGUAUUUAAAUUUGAUUCUGUCUGUGUCUAAGGAUGUAUGGACUUUCUAUGUACGAUAACUUUGGUAGUUGUACUUCUGUUACUGGUUUUAUUUUUAGGAAGCAUGAAGUAAACAAAAGUUCCAAGUCCUUAAUCAGGGAAUAACAGCAUCCAUUUGCAUGAAUAGAGAGAUCAGUUAAUUGGGUUUAAAAGUCUGUGUUUUGAGAAAUAGUAUGUUACUCGGAAGUAUUUGUAUUUAAGCUGAUUUUUUGCAUUCGGUUGAAUCAAUUAAAAAGCUGUAUUGAAACGAGUUGCAGAUGAGCUUUAAAAUAAAUCUGCCUUAAAUAUGAAAAUAACUGAUUUUUAGGGGAUGGUAAUUUUUGUCUUUUAAGGAAGAGAAGGAAGUUUGUGUUGAACCACGGCAAAUAUUUCAGGCUAAACAUUUGCAGGCAAUGUACAAAAGGUGCAUGUGAAAUUGGUCAUCUGAGAAUAACUUCUACUAAACGUUUUUACUUAGGCGAUGCUGGGGGUUUCUAAAGUUAAAUAUUUCUAUCUGUCUGUCUAUCUCUAUAAAAGACGAGUUGGGUGGGCCUGACUUAAACGCUUGCGUUUGGAAUAUAUAUCCUGUGGACUUGGAACGUUGUUGAAUUACUAGCUUUCGGUGCGGUUCCCCGCGCUGACCUGGCGCUCAGCACUGUGUAGGAGCAGACCGCCAGAGAUGGGAACUGGCACCGCGCACACGUCCCGAAGGCACCUGACUGCCGGCUCUGCGGGGGUUGGCGGGACGAGCACCGGCUUCUCGCCGGCGGUCCCCGCGGCCGUGCUGCAGCCUUCUCCCGCCGGAGGAGCGCCGGGCACUCGGAGCAAGCCCCGCGGCUGCCGGCCGGGGCCGGGCUUGGCGGUACCCGCGCCGUGCAGUGCCGUUCCCCCGCUGCGCUGCGGGGGGCGCCGCCGGCCCGGCCCGGCCCGGCCCGGCCGCCGUUACCUAGUGACAGCGGCGCGGCGCGGCCAUUGGCUGCGCGGCGGGGGGGCCGGAGGCAGUCACCUUUCCAGCGCCCGGCUCGGCUGCAUCGGCUUAGGGGGGGAGAAGAGGAGGAGCGGACUCAGGUGCAAGCAAUCAUUUCAAAGGGGAAGGAGAGAACUAGCGGCAGAAGCUCUAGCCGCAGCACAGUAACUAGGACUCCCCUGUCAAGCAGUUCAUCAUAGCGGCUGAUAAGGAUGCGUGUAGACAAAGGGAAUGAAUAGCCGGAAAUAUUCUGGGAUGUUAUAAAAUCAGAAGGACUUUCUGUACAGUGAGGCGGUGCACGACAGGAAAUUAACUCCAAAAGGAAUACUUUCUCUCAAACUGCUGCAACAGAAUUGAAAUUUUUUCUCUUCUAGUAUCUGAAAUUCCUCCUGAAGACACGGCAAGGACUAUCAAAAACAUCAGAGAGAUUCUGGUACUUUUAAAGAGACUUAAAGCAAAUGCCAGCGUAAUAGCUGAAUGACCUUGGAGAACAUUUUAUGUGGAUUCAUUAAUUUUCACUGCCAGUCUUCUAGUCUCAGGAACUCUAGGAUUAAAAAUGGCUUUAACAUUUUAGGGGCCUUUCCAACUACAAGAUUGUAUACAGUUAAUUACCUGCCUAAUGAUUCCUGAACUAAUCCAGCAUUUACUUAAAGCUGAACACAGGAAGAAGAUGCUUUCUUUUAAUGUUUACUUUUUCCAUAAUUGCGAAUAAAAUGAACAAGCUAAGGUGUGCCAGAGGUGAUGCGCUGAUGCUGAGGAGGCAUCAACAGCUAUGGGACUGUAAUCCUCUCAAAUGUAAGCACUGGCAGUGUCUACAAAGAGAGAUCCUGAGAAGCUGAAGCAGAGUUUAGCUGCUGUUAAGCAGGUCAUCUGCUCAUUAAGGCUCAGAUUGCAGUGUUCCCCAGUCACAAAACAUGAACCAGUCCCGAUGGAUUGAAUGGAGGACUCUGAAUAUGAGCAGUAGUAUUAUGAACAUAUCUGAGCAUCUCUCCUGCCCUCUUGGAUUUGGUCACUACAAUGCAGUUGACAUCUGUAUCCUUGAGACAGUUGUUAUUGUCUUGCUAACAUUUUUAAUUAUUGCGGGUAACUUAACUGUGAUAUUUGUUUUUCACUGUGCUCCACUUCUGCAUCAUUAUACCACCAGCUAUUUUAUUCAGACCAUGGCCUAUGCUGAUCUCUUUGUUGGAGUUAGCUGCUUGGUUCCUACUUUGUCACUGCUCCACUACUCGACAGGUGUCCACGAGUCCUUGACUUGUCAAGUUUUUGGAUAUAUCAUCUCUGUGCUAAAAAGCGUAUCUAUGGCAUGUCUUGCUUGCAUCAGUGUGGAUCGCUAUCUCGCUAUAACAAAGCCUCUCUCCUAUAAUCAACUGGUCACACCUUGUCGCUUGAGAAUCUGCAUCGUCUUGAUCUGGAUAUACUCUUGUCUGAUCUUCUUGCCUUCCUUUUUUGGUUGGGGAAAACCUGGUUACCAUGGAGAUAUUUUUGAAUGGUGUGCUACCUCCUGGCUAACUAAUGCCUAUUUUACUGGCUUUAUCGUGUGCUUACUGUACGCUCCUGCUGCCUUUGUCAUAUGUUUCACAUAUUUCCACAUCUUUAAAAUUUGCCGGCAGCACACCAAAGAGAUAAACGAUCGGAGAGCUCGAUUUCCCAGCCAUGAAGUGGAUGCUGCUGGGGAGACUGGGCACAGCCCCGAUCGCCGCUAUGCCAUGGUUUUGUUUCGGAUAACCAGUGUGUUCUACGUGCUGUGGCUCCCUUACAUCAUAUACUUUCUGCUUGAGAGCUCUAGGGUGUUCGAAAACCCAGCACUUUCCUUCUUAACAACAUGGCUUGCUAUAAGCAAUAGUUUCUGCAACUGUGUGAUAUAUAGCCUCUCCAACAGCGUUUUCAGGCUGGGACUGCGGAGACUAUCAGAGACAAUAUGUUCAUCUUGUAUGUGUUUAAAAGACAGGGAUGUACGGGACCCUAAACCAAGAAAACGGGCUAAUUCCUGUUCCAUUUAAAGAAAACUGACACAUGAUCAAAUGCAGAGUUUUGAUAGUAUUUGCUGUAUCUGGAAAUUUGCCAGAAGAUGAAUGUUUACUUGAAUAGCUUGCUGUGAUGCUAGAAUGAGUUUGGAAGUAAUUGUGGAAAAGGAAAAGGCUGCUGUAAGAGGGGUCUCUAAACUCGAAUAUAGUUCUUGUGAAAUUGUGAGGGCAUCAAUUCGACAGAGAUGAUGAAGAAAGUCAGAAAUAAAAAUCUUCCAAAGGGCAUGAAAUAACUACCACAUCAGAGGAGAUUCCUCAUAAAAUAAGUUAGGCACUACCUUAUAUUUUUCCCCUUGUAGAAAAGUUGUCUUACUGUCUUUGUGUCAGAAUAUACUGUAGCCUUCUGAAUUUAAAUAUAUUUAAGAGGAAAAAAUCAACAACAGUAAGUGGCUAUCCGUAAAUAAUAUACCUGAGGACUAUAGUAGAUACUGCAGAUUAAUAAUCAGCUCUAUCUCUGCUUACAUCUUGUAGAAUUUUCAGUUGUACAAACAGUCUGCAGUCAUAAAACCUGUACUGGGCACGACGCUUUAGGAUAAAAUGGCACAUUUUGGUACAACUUUCACAGAAGCUCUCCCUCUCAUUUCCCCUUUUUUUCCAUGCUGUUCAUCCCUAGAUUCCAUCACUUCCUAGUGGUUUAGUUUGAGGGCAUGAGGUAAACUGAGUUUCAAACCAUUCCUCCUGCAAAAGGCCAUAGCCUUUCAUGGCUGGCUGAGUAAUUGCAGCUGCCCAUGUACAACGACUUCAGUCUUUCAUUCUCUUGAUCCUGUUAAAUUAGUUCACAGUAUCGAUGUAGUGUCCUUUAGGGUGUACUAAAGCGUUUCCUUUACUGGCUACAGAAAUAAUCCUAAUGCAGAUAUGAUAAUUGUGCACAGCAGUGUGCUUCACUGCUUAGAAAAUUAAAACUCUCUUCUUCGGGAAGUUUAAAUAGCUUACUGUUGUAGCUGUCAAGUCUGUUGUGUGAACCUAGCUUGCACAUACUAUUUUUUAAGAGAAAACAUAAACUGUGGUCUGUGCCUAAUGUUUUCGUAGCACAUGGAAUAGGUCAAUGCUACAGGAUUAAAAAAUUACUUUCAGAGAAAUAACUUCCAUGCAGUCGUUGAAUAGCUGUUUCUUAGACAAGUGUUCUUGGAGGAGGUGAACUAGGCAGUUUAGUAUUAAAUACAGGCAAAAAAGCUUCAGUAUUUCCUUUUGUACUGAACUGAUUUUCAGGUCCACUGAUGAAAUCUUUUUUUAUUUUGCAGGGGUGCAGAAUAGGUUUGUGUAAUAAACUGUCAGGGGUUCAGAUGCAUGUCAAUCAAUAAAAUAUGAAAAUUAUUAUUUUGAACCAAAUGUAAAUUUUCUUAGAUGGUUAUUGGCAUUUAGAAAAGGCCCAAUUAUUGAUUAUUGGUGCUUUUUAACACUGCACUAUUAUUCCUUCUUUCACCAAAAUGCAUAUGUAAAGAUUGUGCCUAUUACUUUUUGUAAUGGAAGCUAACCACGGUUGCACGCCUGCUUGUGGUUUGACUCUAGGUCUCCCUUAAUUAUGUGUCCUUUGUUCUGUUGAGGUGGUUCUGAACCCCUGUACAUUUUUUAAAGCUGUAAGAAAGUUGAAACAAUGGAAUAAAGUAGUAUUAUGUGUAUCAAAACCA